CGACAUCGAUGUAAGAAAUCCAUUAUUAUUUCAUUGUCCCACGUCUUUUUGCUCAUGUACGAGCCACCUUACAGAUAAGCACAAAAUUGUUGGAUCAGGCCAAAAGGUCGAAGGAGAUUACGAAAUUGCGAUUUGUCGGCGUUUGAUUCGUCUGUGAGGAAGGAGACCAGAAAUAAUUCAGUUCUGGGGAUAAAUUAGUUGUGCAUUUGGAGCAUCUUCGCGUGCUUCGAGCUUAGACUGAGGUUUCGCUCUGCUCUUCUUUCUACGGGUGGUUCUGAAAGUGUGAGGGUCUGAGAAGAUGACGAACGACAACGUCAUGACGAUGGAGGCCACACCAGGGAGCUCAGGGUACUUGGAAUUGUAUCCUGAGAGGAAAAUGUCGUUUUUCAAGAACCCUUACAUACUGCUACUCACUGCAGCAGCUGGCAUAGGUGGACUCCUCUUUGGCUACGAUACAGGUGUUAUCUCGGGGGCCCUUCUGUAUAUUAAAGAUGACUUUGAGGAUGUUAGAAAUAGUAGCUUCCUUCAGGAAACAAUUGUUAGCAUGGCAUUGAUUGGUGCAAUUGUUGGAGCAGCAGGAGGUGGCUGGAUUAAUGAUGUUUUUGGACGUAAGAAGGCCACUCUUAGUGCUGAUUUUGUCUUUGUUGCUGGGGCUAUUGUCAUGGCUUGUGCACCAAAUUCUGGGGUUCUCAUAGUGGGGCGCUUUCUUGUUGGCCUUGGUGUGGGUGUAGCUUCUGUCACUGCUCCAGUGUUUAUUGCAGAGGCUUCACCAUCAGAAAUAAGGGGUUCAUUAGUGAGCGUGAAUGUGUUUAUGAUAACCGGUGGACAGUUUCUUUCGUACUGCGUAAAUCUUGCUUUUACAGAGGUACCUGGGACGUGGCGAUGGAUGCUGGGAGUUGCAGGUUUGCCAGCUUUUAUCCAGGCUGUUCUCAUGAUUUUCUUGCCUGAGUCUCCAAGGUGGCUUUUUCUCAAGAACAAGAGAGAUGAAGCUGUGACCGUGCUCACUAAGAUCUAUACCUAUGAACGCUUAGAAGAUGAAGUUGAUUACCUGACUAAUCUGGCUGAGCAAGAACGUCAGAAACGGAACCAAGUUAAAUAUGUGGAUGUUUUCAAAUCAAAGGAAAUCAGAGCUGCAUUUUUUGUUGGGGGUGGACUUCUGAUGUUUCAACAGCUCACUGGUAUUAGUAUAAUUAUGUACUACAGCCCCACAAUCAUUGAGAUGGCUGGGUUUGGUUCCAAUCAGCAAGCUCUUCUUUUAUCCCUCAUUGUUGCUGGAAUGAAUGCUGCCGGAACAAUUCUUGGCAUUUAUCUUAUUGACCAUGUAGGACGAAGAAAUUUGGCCAUCUCAUGCUUAUCUGGUGUCAUUGCAUCUCUGGCUGUUCUCUCUACAGGGUGUUACCUUGAAUCGUCUGACUCUUCAAAUAAAUCCUAUGGGUAUAUGGCAGUUGCAGGGUUAGCCCUAUAUAUUCUUUUCUUCUCACCUGGGAUGGGGCCUGUACCCUGGACCGUGAACUCUGAAAUCUAUCCUGAAGAAUUCAGAGGAGUAUGUGGCGGCAUGGCAGCCACUGUGAACUGGAUUUGCAGCGUGAUAAUGUCUGAGAGCUUUCUGUCAAUCGUCGAUGCCGUGGGGCUUGGUACAAGUUUUGUGAUCCUCGGCAUUAUAGCUGUUAUUGCAUUAAUCUUCGUGAUUGUAUUUGUGCCCGAGACAAAGGGCUUGACAUUUGAAGAAGUGGCAUUGAUAUGGAAGGAGAGGGCUUAUGGAAAGAACCAGAACACACAAAGCCUUCUUGUGCAAGAAAACAGGACUUAGGUGUCUGCGUCUGCAUGGUUUGAUGCUGGUGGUGCCAUUGUUAUGGUUACAAUAUGUGGAUUUAUGUGUUUAGUGAGAGAGAUAAUUGGAACCGUUGAGACUGGCUUGAGAUUUAGUAUCACCCACAUUCUUUAUUGGAAGGAGAGAUGGAAUUGGCAGGGAGGCAGAGUGAUGGAUGAAACUUUGGUAUUUUUGGCUUUGAGAAUGACGUGAUCUGACGCCUACCUUGUAAUGAUUCAUUUGCCCCUCUUGCUUGAGAUGCGUCUCAAGACUUUGGGUGACGGUCCUACUGUAUUAUUGUGUACAAUAAAGCAGUAUGCUAUAAUUUUUUGUUGCUUUUCAAA